AAGAUCUAUGUGCAUUUCUCCUAGGCAUGUUUUGAGAUCCAGAAGGGGAUGAAAGUAGUUAAUGUGCAACGGGAAUCCUGAUUUCAGAUGCAAACCUUCACCUUUCCAUUGACCUUGCUAAUAUGCUGCAAGCUAAAUAUUUAACAAUUUUUUGAUCAACCUAAGUCCAGCUGGGGAGAAGAAACAGUUAAAGAAAUGUCUCAAGCAUACUUGCAUUCAGCUAAUCAGACUUUGUGUGCAUCUAUGGAUGGUACAGCACUGAAAUCAAUCACUGACAAUGAAACAACAAAUGAAAAAUGGACUGAAGACUCCUUUCCAGGAUUAGAAAUACUGUGCACAAUUUACAUCACAUAUGCUGUGAUCAUUUCAGUGGGUCUCCUUGGAAAUGCUAUACUCAUCAAAGUGUUUUUCAAGAUUAAAUCAAUGCAGACCGUUCCCAACAUCUUCAUCACCAGCCUGGCAUUUGGAGACCUGCUGCUCCUCUUAACCUGUGUGCCUAUAGAUGCAACACGUUACGUUGUGGAUACCUGGCUCUUCGGAAGGAUUGGGUGCAAGCUGCUGUCUUUUAUCCAGUUAACCUCAGUUGGAGUGUCAGUGUUCACCCUGACUGUUCUCAGUGCUGACAGGUACAGAGCCAUCGUGAAGCCCUUGGAACUGCAGACUUCAGAUGCGCUCCUGAAGACCUGCUGCAAAGCUGGAUGUGUUUGGAUCGUCUCCAUGAUAUUUGCUAUCCCAGAGGCUGUUUUUUCAGAUUUGUAUUCUUUCAGCAAUCCUGAGAAAAAUGUAACUUUUGAGGCGUGUGCCCCCUAUCCUGUAUCUGAGAAGAUUUUGCAGGAAGCUCAUUCCCUGGCUUGCUUCUUAGUGUUCUACAUUGUGCCCUUGGCUGUCAUUUCUGUCUACUAUUUUCUCAUAGCCAGAACUUUAUAUAAAAGUACAUCCAACAUGCCAGCAGAAGAACAUGGUCAUGCCCGUAAGCAGAUCGAAUCCCGCAAGAGAGUUGCAAAAACAGUGCUGGUGCUUGUUGCUUUGUUUGCCUUUUGCUGGCUGCCUAACCACAUCCUCUACCUGUACCGCUCCUUCACAUACCACGCUUCCGUAGAUGCUUCCACCUUCCACCUGAUAGCGACGAUUUUCUCCCGCGCCUUGGCCUUCAGCAAUUCCUGCGUCAACCCCUUUGCCCUUUACUGGCUGAGUAAAAGUUUCCGGCAACAUUUCAAAAAGCAAGUCUUGUGCUGCAGGGCAGCGUUUCGUAGAAAGCCUCCCAGUGCCACCCAGAGCAAUUCUCCUACCAGAGCCCUGUCAGUCACGGGCAGCACCCACGGCUCGGAAAUCAGUGUCACGCUGCUGACAGAUUACAGCAUCACCAAAGAGGAGGAGAGCGUUUAGUUCACGGGGGAUGAAGGACAGAAAAUGAGCCUUUGCAGUCAAGUCAUUGCCACUGGGAUCCUGGAAAGAGGUGGCUUGCCCUGUCUGUGAAAGUGUUUUCAUCAGGAGUUCCUCAUUUUAAAAAAUAUACAAUGAAGAAAUCAAACCAAGUGGGAAAAGAAGCUGCAACAGCUGAACUUUCCAGCAUAAGCUCAAAGGGAUGGCUUAUGUACCCAAGCACGAACACAGAUCCCUAGAUGGAAUUCCUGGACUGGGCAAGAGAGGAGUUAGCAGAGUCAGUACAGGAAUUGGCUGUGAGGAUGGUUUUUUUCUUGGUGACUUGCUCUUUGACUUGUGACUGAGAGUUCCCUCUAAGUACUCGCAUCUACAGCAAGCAAGGAAAACCACGUGGUCAUAACACAAUGAACCAAGCAGAAUUCUGAUUUAUUUAUUUUCUUGUCCUGAAUGUUAAAUAUCGGUAAACACCUCAGAAAGAAUGUUAAAAUGAAAGAAGGCUAAGGUUUGUAGCACUGUGAAGUAAAAAAAGUAAAGCAUUACGGGCCAGAUCCACAGUAGCCCUUGCUCUGUUAGUGACUUUGAAACUCUGGCUAAGAGCUGACUGCUGUGUAGUGAGAUGACUGUUCCUGAGGAAAUCAAGGGAACCAGCAGGUGAUCAACUCUCUGAGAAAACUAUAAUAAUCUUUAACAACACUUGUAAAAUUCUUUGUGACCUAUGGGUAAAACAUCUCAAUAGUGCAGAGUUCUUAAUGGUUUAACAUCAAGAAUUAUCGAUUUAACAUAAAGAAAUCAACAUUAUCGAUUUAUCAUCAAGAAAUUGGGGUGAAUCUGUAUCAGAGUUCUAGCUGGGAUGCACAGUGAAUGCUCAAAUGUGCCCUCCUGCCUUACUUUACUCUGUCUCCCAGAGUGGUCUUGAGUGCACAAUCUGGAUUUCUCUCAAAUGAAACUGUGUGUCCAGUCCAUGGAACCAGACUAGAACAAGUUUGAAGUAGAAACUGUACAGUGUGGAGGGCCAGACCAACCUUUUACCUGCACUGAUCCACUCCUGCUGUAGUGUACGUGGUUGUAUCUAAGUGGUCUGCAUAUGUUCAAGCAUGCUGGGAGAGCUGGAUUUUUCUAUUUUACUAAUUUUCUAUUCUUCAAGUUGUAUCCCUUUUUAAUAUUAGGAUAGACUAUCUUACUGAGAUAGGCCUUCUAAUCUCAAAUCCACUGAUUUUAUGGCUCGGCUUGCAGAGACAAGUCAGGACAGCCUGCCCAAGCUCAGCACUGCUGGCAGGCACUGCCUUUCCAUAAGGAAAUACAGGAGGCAAGUCUUCCUAUCCCAUGUUACACAAAAGUUGAAUGACACGUAUUUUUAUGAGUUUUGUGUUCCCUGAACCAAAAUUUUGUUCUGUGGAUAGAAAACACAACAGAUUUUCCACUGCUUAAAUUAAGGGGCUUCUAUUUCAAAAUAAUUUGGGCAUUGAAGUAUAGAACAGAAGCUGCAACAUAUGAAUUAAUAGAAUUCUGUCAGCCAUAGACGCUUCCAUUUUAACUAACCCUUGAAGGUAUAAGCUCCCUCCAGAUGCACAGAGCCCCUAACAACACAUGGCUGGAAAUUCAUCCACCCGUGCACCAUUAUCUGAGUUCAUUAUAAGAUAAGAAAAUCUAUUUACAGUCUCUCUCUGUUGACUGCCCUAAUCAUAAAAAUAAAACCAAACUAUAAAUCCCAGAGGCAUUGGAAUACAACCUCUGUAGUCAUUGUAAACCAGUUAAUGACAGACCAGUUUAGUCCCAUCAGGCCUGGCCUUUUUUUACUACAUUCCUCAUGUUGCAAGCUGAAAGACUACAGGAACUAAUUUUCAAAUGCAUUCUUCCUUUUAUUGUACCAAUUGUACAGCAGGAUAGGAGUACCGAAAUACAUGGAAAUAUAAUAGCAUAGAAAUACAAUUUAUGUCAAAGCAGAUUCCAGAGACCUUAUUUUACUCUCUUUGUCUUAAUGUAACACAUUCCUGGUAGUGAGCUAGGUACAAAUAUAACAAACAUAUUGCACUGAUAUUUUCUCCUUCUCUUUUUUCUUCAUGGAGCUGGAGGGUGAGACUGAAAUAAGUAGAUAAGCCCACACACUUAUGAACCUACAUUUAUCUUCCUGGAUUUACUACAGGGAAUUCUAAACAAAAGAAAAAUCAACAAACAUUACGGUUUUACAGUUCCGUACAUCAUUCUUUAUUCUAGCUUAGUAAAGCCUUUGGGAAACAAAUCUGCUACAUUUUUCUGGACUUCACAAUUUGUCUCUGUUGGAGACCAAAUUUCCCACUGCAAAAUCCUUGGCUACAUCUCAGAGCAGCCCUUAAAAACCACGGUUUCCUAAUUCACCAUUUUUCUUGCCUUGCAUGCAGCUACUUUUAGCUUGUGUAACUACUCCUCUAGCUGGGUGGUCUAUCUAUUGCUAGUAUAUCUUGUUACAAAACUGAUGGUUUUGCUAUAUCCUGCACAAGUUUUUGUUAAAGACUGGCAACAUUUCAAGCCAUAAUUUAAUUAUUCUGUGUACUUUAUGCUUUGAUAAUUCUGUACUUUCAAAUCUUCAUGACAUGUUGUAUUGGAGUAAUACAUUGGUCAACAUAUAUUUUUAUCUAAACAAUCUGAUAUUAUUCAUUUCAUCUACUCCCCACAAUAUAAUUAUCCCUAAAAUGUCUCCACAUCACCAUAACUGGAUUUAGGGGAAAAGGGUUGUUUUCUUUGCAAUCUUUUCUCAGUGUUCCAAAGCCAGGUUCUUUCACCCCUAAGUAAUACAAGUGUAAUUCUAUAAGAGUAUGUGCAAAUAACUUCUGUUUACAGUAAUACUGAGAGUUAUUUAGUGAAGAAUUAGGAUGAAUAAUUAGGGGUUCACUAUUUAUGUCCACAGUAUAAGAAUGGGCAGAAAAAUGGCACAAAAUACUGAAAAGUAAGACUUCCUCAAAGGUCUUGUUCAUGCAGAGUCUUACUGAGAAAAUAAAUACGAUUUCUAGGACAUAGGGUUUUUUAUAGUUUGUUUUGUGAAUGAGAUAUACACAUUUCAUAUUCACAUUAGCAACAAUUUUAAAAUCAGUACUCUGUGCUGUCACAAGAUGCCAGUGUAGUUAAAAAAACC